AUGGCUGAGCAGUGGGAUCUGGAUGAGGAGAGCAUCCGCCGCCUGGGGGCGCUGACUUUGGAGCAGCCGGAACUGGUGGAGUCUCUUUCAUUGCAGGGAUCUUAUGCUGGAAAAAUCCAUUCCAUUGGUGAUGCCUUCCGAAAUUUUAAAAACCUCCGGUCCUUAGAUUUAUCAAGAAAUUUGAUCACUAGCCUGAAGGGUAUUCAGUAUUUAUGUUCACUCCAAGACCUGAAUUUAUAUUAUAACAACAUUCCUUCAUUACUGGAGGUGUCCCGUCUACAGCCUUUACCCUUCCUCAAAGAACUAGAUUUGAGACUCAAUCCUGUUGUCCGGAAAGAUACAGAUUAUAGGCUCUUUGCUGUGUAUACACUACAAACUCUGGAGAAACUGGAUGACAGAGCCGUACGAGAAAGUGAGAGAAAAGCUGCCAGGCUGCAUUUUAGUCAGUUGGGCAACAGUGAAAAUUUUCUUUUAGAGGUGGAAAAAAGCUCUAGGGAGAAGACAAUGAAAAACUGUGUGACAGAUGAGCACUCUGCAUCAAAAGUCAAUGCUGAUGUUGAUAACAGGAUUGAAACUGACUCAAACAAAGGACUUUUUAUUCCAUUCCCCAACCGGGAAAUGAAGGAUUCCCUAUUGAGCACUUCUGCAACCCAGGGCAACAGUAUGCCAGACCAGAAAUUAGAUACUUUCCCACUGGGGACACAGAUGCAAGAAGUGGCAAGAAGGGAGAUGCCAAGUGAUAAUCACCAGGAAGAUGAAUUCAGACACUACUCACCUCGCCAGUCCACAGUCCGAUCCCCAGAGAAGAUGGCUAGAGAAGUGCACCGAAUGUCUGGUUUGGACAAUAAGUCUGCAGGUUCUUCUCCAGAAAAGGACUUGAUAACAAAACCUGAUACUUAUCAGCUUACCCAUGAUGCCUUAUUGGGUAAACGCCUGGAUGUGGGCGAUUCUAGCCAGAUUCAUCCCUAUCAGUUACCUUCAGAUGUCGGACUGGGCAAUUAUGAUAGUCAUUAUUCUCAAACUCUAUCCCUGCAUGGAAGUCUUUGUAAAAGGCCUCAGAGAAGCAAGAACUACCGAGAAUAUAGCAUAAAGCCUUCAAAUGACAUGAAGGCUACUGCAUCCCAUUCCUGUGGAGAUUUCCUGGCUUCUCAGUCAAACCCUGACUCCAGCACCGAAAGGCUUUUGAAGCUUAGUUCAGAUCUGUAUGCCACAACCCAUUUCAACAGUGACCCUGCUCUGCUGGUCAAUGUAGAGCAACAGUUAUCCAGCAGCCUCAGGAAUUUAACACCAGCACAUGGUUCCUUCCCAAACAACUCCAUUCUGGGAGACUCUCUACGGACACUGCUGUUACCUCCUGGGACUUCAGAAAACAGAGAGAAUUUGACCAAGAGGUCAUUAAGUCCAUCGAGGAGAGGAUUCAAACGGAAGGACAAUCUCCUUGCCACCCUGAAUCCAAAGCAUGGCUUCAGAGAUGCUACAGGCAGCGAGCCUCUCUCUAGUGACCUGGGCAGUUUGCAUGGUUUGCCAGGAAACCACAGUCCUCCGAUCUCUGCCAGAAGCUCCCAUGUGGCCACUGUCCUCAGACAGCUCUUGGAACUUGUGGAUAAGCACUGGCAAGGCUCCGGCUCCCUCCUCCUUAACAAAAAGUUUCUCGGUCCUGCCCGAGAUUUGCUUCUGACUUUGGUAGUCCCUGCUCCUUCUCAGCAGUGGUGUCGUUCACAUCCUGAAGACAUGUCAAAAACCUUCCGCAGGAGGGAGAUGGAACUGAAGGAGGCUGGGCAGGUGGUCCCUAAUGACAUGGAAAGUUUGAAGCAAAAACUGGUCAGAGUGCUGGAAGAAAACCUCAUUUUGUCAGAAAAAAUCCAGCAGUUGGAAGAAGGUGCUGUCACUUCAAUUGUGAGUGGGCACCAGUCCCACACUUAUGAUGAUCUUCUGCGCAAAAACCAACAGUUGAACAUGCAGAUGGCUUGCCUGAACCAGGAGCUAGCCCAGCUGAAAAAGUUGGAGGAAACAGUGGCCCUUCUCCAUGAAAGUCAGAGAUCCCUGGUGGUCACUAAUGAGUAUCUGCUGCAGCAGCUGAACAAAGAGCAAAAAGGUUAUUCUGGGAAAGCACUCCUGCCUCCUGAGAAGAGUAAUCAUUUGGGGAGAUCGUCACCCUUUGGGAAAAGCUCACUGUCUUCCUCCUCACCAGUGGCACAUGACACGGGUCAGUAUGUAAUACAGAGUGUCUCAGAUUCUGUCCCAGAGCCUAGUUUAUGGAGCUAGCACUGAAACCCUUCUCUGCAGCUUCCCUCUCACCCACAGGGGGCUCUCAAUGCCAUUGCCACCAGUAUUGUGGUAUUUACCCACAAGAUUAAGAAAAAGUCUUAUUC